GGAGAUUGUCCAGACCACUGCAGGAAGGUAUCUGUCUUCUUCAUCCACAGCCGACUUCGACCACAGCCACCGUACUACUCGACGUCGCGCCGCCUUCUUGACGCUCUGAUCCCUGCGCAACCGUCCGGUUCUUUUCUCCGUCGUAAUCGCGGUGUCUUCCUCGGCUCUUCUCUAAGCGAACUCUGAAUUUCCUCCAAUGGCUAAAUCGAAUUCAUUUGAAGUUUCUUCCCACAUGGAGAAAUUUUUGUGUGAGCGGCUGUUGGAUAAGACACAACCAAUUGCCGAGCGCUUCAGAGCCCUAUUCUCUCUUCGUAAUCUCAGGGGCACAGGACCACGGCAUGCUCUUAUACUUGCAAUUAGGGACUCUUCAAACCUCUUAGCUCAUGAGGCUGCAUUUGCAUUGGGUCAGAUGCAAGAUGGUGAUGCCAUCCCUGCUUUGGUAGCUGUUCUGAAGGAUCUUUCUUUGCAUCCCAUUGUUCGGCAUGAGGCUGCUGAAGCACUUGGUGCAAUUGGUUUAGACUGUAUUAUUCCCAUUCUACAGGAAAGCUUGGCUUCAGAUCCAGCUCAAGAAGUACGAGAAACAUGUGAACUGGCCCUUAGUCGAAUCAAGGGGCUAAGGGAUGUUAAAAGUAGUGAUGAUACCUCAUCAUUGGAGCCAUCCCCUUUUCUGUCGGUUGACCCAGCCACACCUGCUUCUUGUUCCUCUGUACCACACCUUAGGGAAGUUCUUUUAAGUGAAGAAAAAGGUAUGUAUGAACGUUAUGCUGCUCUCUUUGCACUUCGAAAUAAUGGUGGAGAGGAAGCUAUCUCUGCAAUUAUUGAAUCGUUAGGUGCAAACAGUGCUCUACUCCGUCAUGAGGUUGCAUAUGUGUUAGGUCAGUUACAGAACAAAAAGGCUUCAGAGGCUUUAUCUAUGACACUUAAGAACAGAAAUGAACAUGCUAUGGUUCGACAUGAAGCAGCUGAAGCACUUGGUUCUAUUGCAGAUGAUCAAUGUAUUGCUCUCCUUGAGGAAUUCGUCGAGGACAGCGACUCAAUUGUUUCCCAAAGUUGUGAGGUUGCUCUCAGCAUGCUUGAUUAUGAGAGAUCAGGUCGAUCAUUUGAGUUCCUCUUCAUGCACGUGCCACAAACAGAGCAGAUCUCUUAGUUAUUCGAUGUUUAACAAGUUUUCAUCAAUGGUUUCAAGUGAUUAGCUGCAGCUUAGGAAGUCUAAAUUGAUCAUUGCACAAUAGCAGGCCUUUGUAAUUCUUUCAUGUUAGCCAUCCCUUUGAUGCCUUUGUAUCAAUAGCUUUUUAAUCCAAUAAUAUUUGCACAUGCAAUGAUAUCCAGCAAUAUAUUUUGUUUGGCUGAGGUUCACCCUUUUAAUUUUAGUAAAACAUACUCCCUAAUUGCCAGGGGUGGAAUCUCUUAGACAUCGUUAAUUUUGAUAUUAUAACGACCGGCCCGACCAGGGCAUCUAUGGUUCUUUG